AUGGACAUCGCAGCGAUAGUCAAGAACGGGGCCCCCUACCCCAGUCUCACAGCCCAGCUCGGCCUCACACCCUCCACCGAUGUCGACGUCCCCGUCUCCUGCGUGUUUUUGGUACUCUACAUCCUGGCCGCAGCCAGCCACAUGACCAUCUUCCAAGUCAACCGUCGCAAGGGCCACAAAUUCAUCCCCAGCGUCAUCGUGUUCGGUUUCUGCAUGAUGCGCAAUCUCACUUGCUGUCUAAGGAUUGGCUCAGCGUACAAGCCCACAAAUGUGUCGCUGGGAAUCGCAUCGGGCAUCUUUGUGAAUGCUGGUGUUUUGGCGCUGUUUGUGUUGGACCUGCUCUUCGCGCAACGAUGUCUUCGCGCAGCAUUUCCUAGGUUCGGGUGGACGAAGUUGGUGCAUAAUGUGUUUCUGGUCAAUUACUUGCUCAUCCCGUGUGUGCUCAUUAUGGUGAUUGUCACGACGGUUUAUGCGCAUUAUACCCUGGACUCCGGCGCGCUAAAGUCGUGUCGCGAUGCUCUUCUCGCUGUAUCGUCGUAUAUGGUAUUCUUUUCCCUUCUGCCGCUCGCCUUGGCGAUUGGUAUUGCUAUGGCGCCGAAAGGUACAGACAGGGAGAAUUUCGGCACCGGCUCAUUUGCAGCCAAGCUCUGGAUCGUUGGGGUUACCUCGUUCCUACUGUGUUUGGGAGCGACCUUUAGGGCGGCGGUCAACUUUAUGCCGCCUCGACCGGCGACAAAUCCUUACUCUUUCCAGGGCAGGGCAUGUUUCUAUAUUUUCUACUUUACUCUUGAGGUUUUGGUGGUGUACACCUUCCUCUUCACAAGGAUCGAUAAGCGAUUCUGGAUUCCGAAUGGAAGUCGGGGGACUUAUCUGGUGGAUGGACUGGCUAAGGAGACUUCUGAGGAGACAUUCGCGGAGGACAAGCCUCAUACUAUAUAG